CUGUAUUGCACUGGCCUAAUAAAAGCUGUAACUCCUCUGCUAAAAAAAAAACAGACCAUUUCUUCUCCUUCUGUCCCCCUUCGUUCUUUUGGAUUCCAUCUCUAUAAAAUCCAAGACAUACAGAGAGAGAGAGAGAAAAAAAAGGAGUUCUUGGAUUCUCUAUUUAGAAGAGAGAGAGAUGGCUGGGAAAGAUGAUGAGUUGGGUUUGAGUUUGAGUCUGAGUUUGAGAUGCCCAGAUAACAAGAAUCCGGAUCCACCCACACCCAAUUUCCCCUUGAAUCUCAUGAGGUCUUCUUUGCCUUUUAUGCAUCAUCAUAAUUAUGGGAAUGAUCCGUUAAAAUCACCAGCUGACUGCAUUGCGGAGCCAAGAUCAUUUCUUCGAGGAAUCGAUGUGAACAGGCCGGUGACUGUAGUAGACUGUGAAGAAGAAGUGAUGGCAUCAUCACCAAACAGUACACUCUCAAGUUUAAGUGGAAAGAGGAAUGAGAGAGAGGAGAACGAUGGCGAGAGAGCAACCAGCUCUCUUGAGGAGGAGGAUGGCGGCGAAGCAGCAAGGAAGAAACUACGACUGUCCAAGGAACAGGCUGCGGUGCUUGAAGAGACAUUCAAGGAACAUAAUACUCUCAGCCCGAAGCAAAAGUUAGCUUUGGCGAAAGAGCUGAAUCUGAGGCCUAGGCAGGUGGAGGUUUGGUUUCAGAACAGGAGAGCAAGGACAAAAUUAAAGCAAACAGAGGUCGAUUGCGACUACUUAAGGCGACGAUGUGAAAAUCUAACGGAGGAAAAUAGACGAUUGCAGAAGGAAGUGAACGAGCUUAGAGCACUGAAGCUCUCACCACACUUUUACAUGAACACGAACCCUCCGACCACCCUUACCAUGUGUCCUCAGUGUGAGCGCGUGGCUGUCUCGUCUUCGUCAUCCUCUGCUGCUGGUGCUGGAAUAACUCGCCAACACAAUCCGGCUAUUGAAAUUUCAGUCUCAAAACAAGGGCAAAAUGGUAAUAGGUUCUCCCCAGGUUUUGCCAUCUAAAAAACUUGGGAUGGUGGGGGGACCAGAAAGUUUGCUUUUUAUGGAGAAAGACUUGUAAAGGAUGGUCUUGAUAAACUCAUUUUAAGAGGAUCUUAAUUCUCCUUUUUGUUUUUUAAUUAAUCUAUGGAAGAAUGAUUGUGUUAGACAAAAGUUGGAUUUAAUGUUGGAGAUGGAGGUUACAUUGCUGAAUUUUUUUUGCUUAUUUAAGGGCAUAAUUACUUAUAAUAUAGUUUAUUAGUAGGCUUGUGAACAGGAUUA